AUGAUUCCACCCAAGCCAGAGAACCCCUUUUACAGAGAGCCCGAGUUCGAAACCAUCCAGCUCCACGCAGGAUACGAGCCCGACGCUGCGCAGAGGGCUCGUGCUCCCCCGAUCUAUGCGAGCACUAGCUUCGUCUUCAAGGACUCCCAGACCUAUUCGGUCUACGGUAACAUCUACGGUCGCAUGGGUAACCCCACUGUGGCCGUUUUUGAGAGACGCAUGGCCGCAAUGGAAGGCGGCAUCGCCGCUGUCGCUACCGCAAGUGGUCAUGCAGCACAGUUCAUGGCCAUUGCCGCUAUCGCCCGUGCAGGAGAUAACAUCGUCACCUCAUCGUACUUGUAUGGUGGAACAUACAACCAGUUCAAAGUUUUCAUGAGAAAGUUCGACAUCACCAUGAAGUUCGUCGAGAGCGAAGACCCUGCCGCCUUCGCCGCCCAGAUCGACGACAAGACGAAGGGCAUCUACGUCGAGAGCAUCGGCAACCCUAAGAACACCGUCGCGCCUCUACCCGAGCUCGCCAAGCUCGCGCACGACAACGGCAUCCCGCUGCUCGUCGACAACACCUUCGGCAUGGGCGGCUACCUCGUCCGCCCGUUCGACCACGGGGCGGACAUCAUCACUCACAGCGCGACUAAGUGGAUCGGCGGGCACGGCACCGUCCUCGGGGGCGUCGUCAUCGACGGCGGCAAGUUCGACUGGGCCGCGUCAGGCAAAUUCCCCGAGUUCACUGAGCCCGCAGACGGGUACCACGGCAUGGUGUUCACGGAGCGCUUCGGGGACGCCGUCUUCGCGGUCAAGUGCCGGCUGGACGUGAUGCGCGACCUCGGGCCGUGCAUGGACCCCUUCCCCGCGUUUCUGCUCCUCCUCGGGUGCGAGACGCUGAGCCUGCGCGCGCAGCGGCACGCGGACAACGCGCUCGCGCUCGCGCGCUGGCUCGAGACGCACCCCAAGGUCGCGUGGGUGUCGUACCUCGGGCUCGCGUCGCACCCGAGCCACGCGCAGGCGCUGCGGCUACUGCGCCCGGGCGCAUUCGGGGGGAUGCUCAACUUCGGGAUCAGGGGCGGGGACCCGCAGGUCGGGGCGGCAGUCGUGGACGCGAUGAAGCUCGCGAGCAACCUCGCGAACGUGGGGGACGCGAAGACACUCGUCAUCCACUCCGCAACGACGACGCACCAGCAGCUGAGCGCGGAGGAGCAGCUGCAGUCGGGGGUCACCCCGGAUCUGAUUCGGGUGUCCGUUGGGAUUGAGAACAUCGCGGACAUUAUCGCCGACUUUGACCAUGCUCUCCAGCUUGUACCCUGA